AUGGCAAAUUUAAUAGUGUUGUUGCGUCAUUCUGGCAAGUGGAACGAUGAGUGCAAUUACGUCGAUUUUUCAAUUGAGGGAAUACUGAUAAAAGAGUAUGUGUCCUUUAAUGAUUUGGUUGCUUCAAUUUCUAAUCAACUGGGCAUAGAUUUGAGCUCAAAGUCCAUUAAAAUUCAAUACAAAGUAGAAAGAAAUUGCACGCCAAUGGAAAUACACAAUGAUAUGGGUUACAGAGUGUAUGUAGAGUUGAAAAAAGAGAACAGAGAAUUCGGGAUGUAUCCUUUGUGCAUAACAACUAUUGAAAAAGAACUUGUAUCUGAAGGUAGUUUAAAUCAAGGCAACAUUGUGCAAAUAGACGAAGCAGUUCAAAGGUACGAUUCCGAUACAGAUGAUACACUGGCUCUAGAUUUUGUCAAUUCAGGAGAAGCAAUUGGGGUGUUCAAACUGGACAAGGAUUUGAUAAUUUCAAAAACUAAUCAAAGGGAGGUUAUGGCUGGACAAAUGUAUAAUGAUAAGGCUACAUUGAAAGAGGUAAUGGAGAAUUAUUCUAUAUCUCAAAGGUUUCAAUUCCGGGUUGAUAGGUCUAAUGCUGUCAGCUAUGCAUUAUUAUGUAUUUCAGAAUAUUGUGAAUGGAGGUUUAAGGCUUCAAGCUUUAACAAAUUAGAACUAUUCAAAGUGAGAGAGUUCAUUGAUAACCAUACAUGUCCGCUGAAGGACAAGGUGUAUGAGCAGCGACAGGCAAGUAGCAGCCUUAUAGGUGGUAUGAUUAGGCCUAAGCUUACUAAUCAUAAGAGGAAAUACACCCCAAAGGAUAUUAUUGAUGAUGUGAAAUCAGAUUUAGGUGUAGAUGUUAGCGAUAUGUUGGCGUGGAGGGCUAAAGAAAAGGAAAUGAAUUUUUUGAGAGGUAAACCGGCUGAUUCAUACAAAAAAUUACCAGGAUACUUAUAUACAAUGGAUAUGACAUAUCCAGGUUCCCACAUCAGGAUGGGGUUUGAUCAUUGUAGACCCAUUGUUGUUGUGGAUGGAAGUCACCUAAAAUCUUACUACACCGGGACAUUUGUUUCGGCAAGCACGUUGGAUGGUGCAGGUCAUAUAUUGCCACUAGCAUAUUGUGUUAUUGAUUCAGAGAACGAUGUUGCUUGGACGUGGUUCUUUGAGCAAUUCAAGAUAGCAUACGGUGACAGGGAAAACAAGUGCAUCGUUUCAGAUAGAAAUGAGAGUAUCAUUAAAUUUGUAUCGAGAGUGUAUCCAAAUGUACCGCAUUUUUCUUGUAUAUGGCAUCUAUGGAACAACGUAUAUAAGAAAUUCAAAAAGAGCCAUGCCAAGUUGAGCGAGAUAUACUUCUCGAUGGCAAAAACAUACAUACAAGCUGAAUUUGACAGUCUGAUGGAGAAGGUGGAGAACGUAGAUAUUAGGGUGAAAGAAUACUUAGAGUUAGCUGGAUACAAAAAGUAG